AUGGAGCUCAGUCACACGACUAACCAAAGGAGCUGUGAGGCUGCAUCGGCCAACACUGACUCAAAUGCAGGAACUGCCAGCAGUUCUGAGGGGAUGUGGAGACCUUGGUGCGGUACCUCACAAAGUCAGCAAUCUACUGAAGAAGGGCAGACAUUCCCUGAGAAUCAAGGGCAGUUCAAAGACAAACAUACACUUCUGGCAUAUCAGCAUCCUGUUAAGUUGUUUUGGCCCAGUUCAAAGUGCUAUGACUUCCUAUAUCAGGAUGCAGAAGAUCUCCUAAGGAACUUUCCUGUCCAAGCAACUAUUUCCUUCUAUCAAGAGACAGACAGUGACAGUGACUCUGAGGAAGAUGAUAUCAGUAAUUAA